CUGUGGAAAAGUCCGCCAAGCAGUUCGCAAUUGUGGUGACCCCCUUCCCCUUCUACUGUCGAAGAGGCUGCAGGACAAGGUGUCACCAUCACCGGCAAUAGGACCUUCAACAACUGGAACUGGCCGAAUGCGGUUAUUUUUGCUGCAACAGUCAUCACCACAAUCGGAUAUGGAAACAUUGCACCCAAGACUUCACAGGGCCGGCUAUUCUGCAUCUUCUAUGGGCUGUUUGGUACACCGCUCUGCCUCUCCUGGAUCAGUGCGUUGGGGAAGUUUUUUGGAGGACGAGCUAAGAAGUUGGGUGAAGCCUUGACCAGGAAAGGCAUGAGUCCACGGAAGGCCCAGAUAACCUGCACAGCUAUUUUCAUUGUAUGGGGUGUCCUGGUGCAUCUGGUAAUGCCACCCUUUGUCUUUAUGGUGACUGAAGGCUGGUCAUACAUUGAAGGCUUGUACUACUCUUUCAUCACAAUAUCCACCAUUGGGUUUGGAGAUUUCGUGGCAGGUGUAGACCCAAAUGCCAACUACCACAUCCUUUACAGAUACUUUGUUGAGCUUUGGAUCUACUUGGGUUUGGCAUGGAUUUCCCUUUUCUUCAACUGGAAAGUUAGCAUGUUCGUCCAGGCACACAAAGCCAUUAAGAAACGGCGGAAGCGAAUGAGGGAAUCUGUGGUAACCGUGUCAAACACC